AUGCAAGGAAACAGCUACAAGGAUGAAAAAGAGGCCUUUGUCUCUGGAAUGACUGGAUCUACAGUCUCACAUAUCAAUCUGUUAUCGUCUGUCGCGCUGGCAUCCAUGUUUCUCCUGUAUUGUGCUCAAACCAGGAUCAGACUAUCUUCGCUGACCAGCCUUCCAUUAUCAUGGCUAUUUCUGGUGUUUCCCUUGCUACUUUCAAUGACAAUCUUUGCCAACUGGCCUGCCGCGCUUUUACUCUUAAUAUUUGCACCUGGGGGGCUUUUACUGCUCAUACAGCGGAAAGAAAGUGGUACACCUCUACCGUCUAAUCUAAAAAGUCCAAUUACGCCGAAUCCAUCAUCCCAGACAUUCCCUGUUGCUCCCAGAAUCGAACCGUUACCAUCGUUUACAACGUACAGAGCGCACAUGCUUCUGAUGACUUGCCUUGCAAUCCUUGCAGUUGACUUUCCUAUCUUUCCACGCUCUUUGGUUAAAUGCGAGACGUACGGUGUUUCCCUGAUGGAUAUUGGCGUUGGCUCAUUCGUUUUCUCUGGAGGAAUCGCAUCUGCCAUUCCCUUGAUCAAAACCCCUUCUCAUCUUGCUGCUCCGACAUUCCCAAAGAUGUUGAGAGCAAUGCGAAAGUCGCUGCCUAUCAUCCUGCUUGGGCUCGUUCGCGUCUUAUUAGUCAAAGGAACCGAGUAUCCAGAGCAUGUAUCAGAAUACGGAGUUCAUUGGAAUUUUUUCAUUACCCUCGCUCUUGUCCCAGUAAUGGAAGUGAUGCUUCAUCCAGUAAUGAUUCGCGUGUCCGUGACUGCAAUAGGCAUCGUGGUAGCAAUAUCUCAACAAUUGCUCCUCUCCAAAUUCGGUCUUUCUGACUAUGUCCUCAGUGCCCCUCGAGUGGAUCUUAUUAGCGCCAACAAGGAAGGAAUUGUCUCUUUACCAGGUUAUUUCUCCAUACAUUUACUCGGACUCACAACUGGCUUGCUCCUUUUGCCUCCAUCACCUUCCUACUUUCGCCGUAUUCAAAGAUCACUACAGACGCAUUCUCUGAAUGACAGAGCACUAGCUGAGCGCUACGCGGUUCGGCAGAAUGGCAAGACUGCAACGGAGCUUUCUGGGUACCUCGUAUUAUGGUGGGCGUUGAUGGGUUUGUGCAGUCUUUUGAAGCUGGACGGCGGAAACGGAGUUUCUAGAAGAAUGGUCAACAUCUCCUACAUUUUUUGGAUUUGUGCAUACAAUGUCAGCUUCAUCCUUGCAUAUCUGCUUUUGGAUAUGGUCUUCUUCCCUUCCCCUUCCACAACGAGCAAAAAGCAGAAGAAUAUUGACCAAAAUUCCGCAUCUUUACAUCCAAUCUUUCCAACCGUCAUCCCUCAUCCUCUUCUUGAUGCUGUAAAUAAAAAUGGCUUGGUCGUAUUUCUUGUUGCCAAUAUCGCCACGGGUCUAAUUAAUCUGACGAUACCGACGAUGUAUACUUCUGACUUAUGGGCAAUGGUUAUCCUUUGCGGGUAUAGCUAUGCGAUAUGUACGACGGCGUGGGUCUUGAGAGGCGUUAGGCUUCGGUUGUAA